AUGAAGGAUGCAAUCAAAGCUGGCAAUGCUAUGACUUGGAGACCGGAUCCAAAGCAAACUGUAAGUGACAAUGAGCCUUUGUCUAAGGUUGACAACCCCUUUUCUUUUGGUUCAACGGAAAAAGGGUUUGGUUUCUAUGAUGCUGGCCCUUCCGGAAUCAAAGGAAAGGGUGGGAAUCCAAGGAAAAGGCCAUACAAGCGUAGGCAUAAACAGAUUCCAAGAGACUUUAGGGUGGUGGUUACUACAGAGGUGGGAAACGCCUGA